AUGGCAAAGGUAAAUCUAAGGGAAAAUUUAUGCCAAUGUAAGGCCAAUGGUGAUCCACAUUUCCACACAUUUGAUGGACAAAAGAUCGAUUUUAUGGGUAAAUGUCGAUAUACUCUGUCCAGAUCAUUGAUAGCUGAUGACGUGUUUAAAGUACCAAAGAAAUACGCUGGUCGAUUGACAGGUCUGUGUGGUGAUUGUAACAAAGAAAAAGAUGACUUCCGGUUAGCUAACGGAACUGACGUAACGGAAGUUAAAGAAAGAUUUGCGUUGAUAGGCAACAGCUAUCUCAUACCAUCACAAAAAGCAAAACCCGAUCCACCUCUUGACCAAUGUCCAGUAGAUCUCAGUGAAGGAUGUAAAUGUGAUGAAGGGUUUGUGUUAAGUGGUGAAACCUGUGUUGAAGUAGAACAAUGUGGUUCUACGUCCGUAGGUGUGGAACAGAAACCAGAACCGCCAGUGGUUGCUGAACCAGAAUCCCCAGUAGAACAAAAACCAACAGAAGCACCAGUUGUUGCUGAACCAGAAAAUCCCAUAGCUGUCAAACAGAAACCCGAAGAACAAAAAUCCGAAGAACCCGAAGAGCCGACCGUCGAAGGAGACCAAACCUCACCUGUACCUCCACUACCAACUGAACCAGAGGAAGAAAUUAUUCAAGCACCACCAGUUAUUGAUAAACCAGAGCCACCAGUCAUUGCAGAACCUGAGCCCCCAGUCGUUGCUGAACCAGAACCCUCAGUGGUUGCUGCACCAGAACAAACAGUGGUUUCUGAGCCAGAGGUACCAGUGGUUGCUGUGCCAGAAGUACCAAUGGUUGCUGAGCCAGAAGUACCAAUGGUUGCUGAGCCAGAAACACCAGUCGUUGCUGAAACAGAACCACCAGUCGUUGUGGAACCGCCAGCUGAACCAGAACCACCAGUGGUCGCUGAACCAGAACCACCAAUAGUCAUUGAACCAGAACCACCAGUGAUCGCUGAACCAGAAGCACCAGUGGUCGCUGAACCAGAGACACCGGUGGUUGCUGAACCAGAAGCACCAGUUGUUGCUGAACCAGAAAAUCCGAUAGCUGUUGAACAGAAACCAGAGUCCGUUGUAGAUCAAAAACCCGAAGAGCCCGAAGAACCAACGGUCGAAGGAGAGCAAACCUCACCUGUACCUCCACUACCAACCGAACCAGAGGAAGAAAUUACUCAGGCACCACCAGUUAUUGAUAAACCCGAGCCCCCAAUCGUUGCUGAACCAGAACCCACAGUGGUUGCUGCACCAGAACAAACAGUGGUUGCUGAGCCAGAAGUACCAGUGGUUGCUGAGCCAGAAGUACCAAUGGUUGCUGAGCCAGAAGUACCAAUGGUUGCUGAGCCAGAAACACCAGUCGUUGCUGAACCAGAACCACCAGUCGUUGUGGAACCGCCAGCUGAACCAGAACCACCUGUGGUCGCUGAACCAGAACCACCAGUAGUCACUGAACCAGAAGCACCAGUGGUCGCUAAACCAGAAGCACCAGUGGUCGCUGAACCAGAAACACCAGUGAUUGCUGCACCAGAAGUACCAGUUGUUGCUGAACCAGAAAAUCCCAUAGCUGUUGAACAGAAGCCAGAAGUACCAGUGGUUGCUGAGCCAGAAGUACCAUUGGUUGCUGAACCAGAAACACCAGUCGUUGCUGAACCAGAACCGCCAGUUGAACCAGAACCACCAGUUGUCGCUGAACCAGAACCAUCAGUAGUCACUGAACCAGAACCACCGGUGGUCGCUGAACCAGAACCAUCAGUGAUCGCUGAACCUGAACCACCAGUUGUUGAACAGAAGCUUGAAACAAAACCUAUAAAAUUUGUACCGUGCGAAUGUGAAGGAAGAGGGGAUCCCCAUUAUACCACAUACGAUGAAGCUUUUCUAGAAUUGUACGCCGACUGUAAGUACACAAUGAGUAAAGGGGAGUUGAAUGAUGGAAAAUGUGGAUUUGAUGUGGAAGUCAAGAACGAGAAACACCCGUCGACAGAUCAUCCUAACAGAGCCUUUACACAAUUUGUUGAUGUGAAAGUUAGCGGAGAGAAGAUACGGCUGCUUCAUGGUGGACGUGUUUUGCUUAAUGGUAUCGUUACCUCACUACCGUUUAUAACACCACAAGUCAAUGUUACACAAGCUGGUAAAUUUGUUAAAUUAACUACACGAUGUGGCGUUCAGGUGAGUUUUGAUGGGCGCAUGAUUGUACGAGUAAAGACUCCUCCGGGUUAUAGAAAUAGAUUAACUGGGUUAUGUGGUAACUGUAACGAUGACCGCCAUGAUGAUAUACAGGUUGAUGGUAGAAGUGUCAACAGCUUCCCAACAUUAACUCAAGGUUAUCAAACUCUGGCGAACCAAUAUGUCGUUAAAGAUGAUUCUAAUAAGCCAAGUACUAAUCCAGUGUAA